AUGCUUCGCAAGAAGGAGGUCUACACGACCGUCACCCCCAUCCCGGGCUUCAUCCCCCGCCAGCUCGCCAUCGACAUUCUCCAUUCUCACUCCGAAGUCAUCACCCUCAACCCUCUCGUCCUCGACCACAAGCCCAUCAAGGCGCCCCGCGAUGCCGCCUCCGACGAGUACUACUCGACAUGGUAUGAGAUCACCGAGCGCGUCCAGUUCAUCCCCGGCAUCGGCAAGAUGGGCUCCGGCAAGAUCUCUUUUAACGGCUGCUUCCACGACAUGCCCUGGGGCCUGCAGACGCACACCUACGCUCCCAUGAACAUUGACAUCCGCAUCAAGUACCGCAUCGACGGCAAUCAGCCCGGCGUCGAGCCGCCCCAGCAGCCCGAGAUAGGCAUGUCCGGCCUCGGCGUCCCGGCCGACGGACUCUACCUGCGCGAGGACAUUGAGAUCCGAUGCAAUGUCACCAUGACGAGCUUUGUCAAGACCCAGCUCAAGGCCGCGAGCAAGGAGAUGGUGUCGCGCAUCAUCAAGAAGGCCGAACUUCUCGACGCCGGCGUCCUCCAGGCAAUGUUCGAGGACGGCAAGCUCAAGACCAUCAACCCCGCCGACCGCACCAACACCGCUCUGCGCUCGCCCACCUUCCCGCACAACCCCAGCGGCAGCCCGCGACCCGAGUCUUACUCCCCCGGAAACCCGCGCUACCAAGUCCCUCGUCCGUCUUCAGUGCAGAGCCAGGGGCGCCCGGGAUCGCAAGGGAACUACACUUCUUCCUACGCCAAGCCGAUGGAGCUCCCCUCCCACCAGAACAAUGCGCCAGGCCACAACUCAUUCAUCGCCGAGCUGCCUGGCAACUUCUACCACCCGCAGGAAAACAAGAGUCUCCAUCCCCCGCCGCAGCCGUCCCCAGGACUGUCUGACCAGCAACAACCACCGCAAUACGACCGCAACUCCAUAUCCCAGCAGAGCCAGCUAUCGCCUGACCUCAACAACUGGCGGUGGUCGCAGGGCCAGCGCAGCCCGUCACAGCAGAGCUCCCGCCCGACGAGCAUGAGCUCCGACGGCAGCGGCGGCGGGUUCUCUAGCCCGGGGCUCGACCACAAGGGUUUCUCAUCGGAGCUGCCCACACAUGCCGAGACGCAGGAGGAGCACCGCGGGGACCCGAUUAAGACCGUAGAUGUCUCACAGCACCGUGUCAAGGGCCCACAGGCGUACCAAGCGUACCAUUACAACCCCCAGGAUUACGCGCAGGCAGGACGGUAA